AUGUCAAUAGCUCCAUCUCGAGCUCAGUCAGAUGCCCUUUCUGCUUCACAGUACGGUGGCCCGGUUUCAAUUCGAAAUCGUUUCCAAAUUAAUCAUUUUAUUCUUCCUACCUUUGUCCUUUCAGUUGUUGGCCUUGCAUGCCUUUGGACAUUAUGGUAUUAUUUGAGUUUUACCUCAGUGUUUCCCUAUCACCAACGUGUAUUUUACUGCAAGGAUGUCAGGUUAUAUAAGCCAUAUUUUCGACCUGAGGAUUUUCAAGUUUACGUUUCAUAUGCAUUACUUUAUGCUCUUGGCUUUACUUUACCACCUCUUGUCAUUCUAAUUGGAGAAAUAAUGUUUUGGUUGUUUUCAACGAAGCCUCGAAAGAAAAUUUAUGCAAAUUGUGAUGAAUGCAAAGUUCAUUUAUUUUCACGGCGAUUGAUAAGAUUUUUCGCCGUAUUUAUGUUUGGUGCUUUAAUAACGCAAAUAUUUGUAUAUACAAUGAAAUUGAUGACUGGUUAUCAAAGACCAUAUUUUCUAUCACUGUGCAAUGUCAAUUUCAGCAAAUGUACUGCUCCACUGGAACAAUCUCCAUCGCCUUCACCAGCACUUGCUUGUAACUACCAUAAUUCCGAUGAUUUACGUUAUGCUUCUCUUUCAUUUCCUUCACUUCACGCUGCUUUUUCCGCGUUUUCUUGUAUAUUUGCCUCAUGCUACAUUUAUUAUAUGAUAAAUCUACGAGGAGCACCAUUGUUGAGACCUUUUUUAAUAUUUGGAUUUCUCGGUCUUACUUUAGUUGACUCAUUUUCGCGCAUAAAUGGUUAUAAAAAUCAUUGGGAAGACGUUAUAGUUGGUUGGCUAAUCGGUUUCUUCAUCGCAUAUUUUCUUUGCCAUUCCGUAUUAUGUUUCCAAGAAGUUUAUCAUGUUUUGUUAGAGAAGCCACCGCUAUAUGAGGAGCACAUUAGUCCAUUUUUCUCCUGGUUCAAACUUCCGCGCGUCAGAGCUCCUUCACUCAAAGAAGAAUAUGUAGUCUAUGAAGAGGAUGUGCCUCAAGCAGAACGAGUACCACUUCCUGCAACUGCUCGGGGUCGAAGGAAUCAAGAUCGUACAUAUGAAGUUACAACAACAACAGAAAGUUUUCAUCGAACAGUAGUUCCACCACCUCAACAAAAUGGAUAUUAA